AUGUAUCAGCUAGAACGCCGUGCAAUCUUCUCCAAGCGCUGGAUUCUACUCACGCACUCCAGCCGAUUCAUGAACCCAGGCGACUUCCUGUCUUUCACCGUCGCUAAUUUCAAUUUCUUCGUGGUCCGCGACCGAGAGGGCUCUAUCAACGCUUUUCACAAUGUCUGCCGCCACCGCGCAUUCCCAGUCGUGCAGUCCCGCUGCGGCACUUCCUCUAUUUUAACCUGCAAAUACCAUGGCUGGUCAUACGGCCUGAAGGGCAAUUUAGCCAAAGCUCCCCGUUUUGAAACAGAGACUGAUUUCGACAAGACAAAGAACUCCCUUCUCCCUGUGCACGCGCACGUCGACAAAGCCGGUUUCCUAUGGGUGAAUCUCCAAGCUAGCGAAACGCCCGAUGUCAACUGGGACGAGGAGUACAAUAAGAUCGAUGAGCAGCCGCGCAUGCAAGACUUCGAUUUUGCCAAGAAUUACUCUUUCGAUCAUUACUGGGAUAUGGACGUUGAUGCGAACUGGAAAGGUCUGGUGGAGAAUUACAACGAGUGUUAUCAUUGCGCGACCUCGCAUCCGCUGAUCCGUGGCGUGUCCGAUCUCCCUAAGUAUCGCGUUGAGCCCAACGGGGGAUACAUGGAACAUCAUAUUUAUAACAAGAAGGGCAGCGAUGCACAGUUCAAACGCGCUAUUACUUAUUUUUAUCCGACGACGUCGGUGACAGUGACGGAUAAAUUUUUCUACAUCCAGCGCAUGUUCCCGGUGAGCGCGACGAGAAGCAAGAUCGAAAAUGAAGUAUAUCGGCAUCGGGAUGCAACGGAUGACGAGUUCAGGGAGAUAAAUACAUUUUAUAGACAAGUACUAGACGAGGACAGAGAGUUGUGUGUUGGAACGCAAGGGAACCUGGAUGCUGGUGUUUUCACCAACGGCGAGUUGCAUCCAACGAAGGAGAAGGGUCCGGUUCACUUUCAAAACACGGUGCGAGAAGCUGUCAUGGAGCAUCGGCGGAUGGAAGAACAGAAGGGUGGACAAUCGAUCUGGCCUGCCACACCGGCUCCUCCGAUGACACAGAAGCUUCACGAGGAAGAAGCAUUUUGCUCGAAACUAGAAGCGGACAGCUGUCUAGAUAGACCGGAGCUCUCGUGGUGA